UUCAGUGUCAAUGUGAUCGAUUCAACUAUUUCUCUUUCUCUCUUGCCAGCCUUUCCAACUGUUUCAUCUCAUUGUCACAGAGGAAGAAGAAAACUGGCAGCAACUUUCCCAGACUUUGUUUUUAAAAAACAAGCAUCUCUCCCCACUCCCCACCUCCUCAAAAAAUGUCCAGAGAAACACUGAUUUAAUCAGUGCCCAGACAGAACGGGGGAGAGAGAGAGAGAGGGAGAAGGCUAACUUUGUAACAAUUAAAUGACUCCAUAGGACUCAUGUACAGAUACAUGCACGCUCAGGAACCUUAGCAAGUGGUCCUUCCAAGCAAGCCGGCUUAGGGGGGGAAUUGUCAGCGUCUCCGGGAAGUUCAUGUCAUUGGAGAUGGAGUGUUGGAAGUCGAGAAGGUGGCUUCUGGAAGCCGGUGUUAUUUUAAUGGCCACAGUUCUGCACCAGUGUUCAACUAAUCCAACAGAGAAUGCAGUUGACAUCCUGCAGGUGUUGAACCUCCAGGACACCAUGGAGGGAGUUGUGAAUGUUGCGGGAUUUUGCACACAACGUAAAGGAUCUGAAGACACUGACUUUGCACUCCGGAUAGAGAACAAGACACACUUUAGUGCCCUAACGACACAAUUAUUUCCAGAUGGAAACUUUCCUGAGAACUUCUCCAUCCUAACAACACUAAAGGCCAAGAAAAACUCCCAGUUCUUCCUCCUAUCUGUUUACAAUGACCAGGGCAUCCAGCAACUGGGAGUGGAAAUUGGGCGCUCUCCUGUCUUUCUCUACGAAGACCAGACAGGCAAACCAACCCCUGAGGAUUACCCCAUCUUCAAAAAAAUUAACCUGUCUGAUGGCAAGUGGCACCGGCUAGCCAUCAGCGUUGAGGGAAAGAACGUCACGUUGAUUGUCGACUGUGACCAGCAGUUCUCCGAGCACCUGGCGAGGAGUGACAGCCCUGUGGUCAGCACCAAUGGAGUCACCGUCUUUGGUACCAGGAUAUUGGACGAGGAAGUGUUUGAGGGUGAUAUCCAGCAGCUACUGAUGUCACCAGAUCCCAAGGCAGCCUACACCUACUGCGAUCGUUACAUCCCUGACUGCGACUCCCUUCUACCCUACGCCCUGCAGGCUCUGCUGCCUUCUUACGAUGAUGAGACAACGACCUCUCGACCCCGCCACAAAAAAAGGAAGAGGGACCGCAAGCGCUCUAAAAAGAAGGGCAAGGGCAGAAAGAGAUCGAAAAAAAAUCGCAAAAGGAAGAAGAAAGAUCGGGCCGCUCGGCAAAAGAUAGAAACUUUUGGGGUUAGGGAACAGGAUACUGAGCCUGAUCCAGUGGAAGAAGUGGAGAACGUCUACGAUUAUUUUCUCGGUCCGGAAUACUACACGGAUUUUGAAGCGGCCAUCUACAACGCCUCUGCUGCUGCUAGUGUCGUAGAGGAAAAUGUCACAAAUGUUGAGACCAUGAGGGAGGAGUUCAUUGAAGAGUCAGAAGAUCCCUUCACUGACGAAAGCCAGGAUUUUGGCACCCACGAGUAUGACGGGCGCCAUUACGAUUACUUCGACAAGGAGUACGAGGACCACUGGGACCGAGGAGAUUCCGAAACACAACAUACAAGGGAGCGAGGCGCGAAGGGGGAGAAGGGAGAGCCUGCGAUUUUCGAACCUGGAACUCGCUUUCCUGGACCUCCAGGACCUACGGGACCUGAGGGUUCUCCAGGACCCCCUGGCCUCCAAGGUCCUCCAGGACGUCCCGGUGACCCUGGAGAAAUGGGUCCUCCAGGACGACCUGGUCUGCCGGGUGUUGAUGGAAUACCCGGACCCCCAGGAACCAUGCUGAUGUUUCCGUUCCAGUUUGGUGGGAACGGAGCCAAGGGACCGGUUGUCUCAGCUCAGGAAUCUCAGGCCCAAGCUAUCCUCCAGCAAGCAAGGCUUGCCAUGAAGGGUCCAGCAGGUUCGAUUGGUCUCACGGGAAGGCCGGGACCUGUGGGUCUCCCGGGAAACAUGGGUCUAAAAGGUGACUCUGGUGAAAUGGGUCCAAAGGGUCCUCCUGGUGUUUUGGGACCUGUAGGUCCUCCUGGAAGACCUGGAAGAAGGGGUCGACCUGGAGUAAAUGGAGUCAGAGGAUUACCUGGUGAGCCAGGAAUAAAGGGUGACAGGGGAUUUGAUGGUUUGCCUGGAUUGCCUGGCAACAAGGGCCAUAGGGGCGAUUUUGGUCCAAAGGGCCCCCCUGGCCCUCCUGGAGAUGAUGGCCUCAGGGGAGCAGAUGGAACAGUUGGGCCCAGAGGGUUGCCCGGUGAGCCGGGUAUGCGUGGUCUCCCUGGACCAAGAGGACCCAUUGGCCCCCCUGGACAACAGGGUAUUACUGGCACUGAUGGCUCCCCAGGUCCUAAGGGAAAUCUGGGUCCUCAAGGUGAUCCCGGACCACCAGGGCAACAAGGUAACCCAGGACCCGAGGGUUUUCCUGGACCUCAAGGCCCCAUCGGACUUCCCGGAGAUAAAGGACCUCCAGGCAAACAAGGACUGCUGGGGCUUAUUGGAGCAGACGGUCCACCGGGUCAUCCUGGUCGAGAAGGCCCAACAGGUGAAAAGGGAAACAUGGGUCCUCCAGGUGCACAGGGUCCAAUAGGAUAUCCGGGAGUCCGAGGUGUCAAGGGUGCGGAUGGAGUCAGAGGACACAAGGGGCACAAGGGCGAGAAGGGGGAAGAUGGAUUUCCCGGCUAUAAAGGUGAUAUGGGUCCCAAAGGGGAUAGGGGCAAUGCUGGUUUACUGGGCCAGCGUGGCGAGGAUGGACUCGAAGGGAUCAAAGGUCAGAUGGGGCCCCUUGGCGAACGAGGAUCGAGGGGUCCAGCCGGUGAAAAGGGAAACCUGGGAGUUCCGGGCCUGCCGGGGUAUCCAGGACGAAAGGGGCCAAAGGGUUCAGUGGGUUUCGUGGGACCCCCAGGAUUAAACGGAGAAAAGGGCAGGAGGGGUAGAGCUGGUCCUCCAGGAAGCCAAGGAGCACGGGGGCCUGUGGGGGAGCGGGGCGAGAGAGGACACAGAGGAUCCUCAGGAAAACCAGGCUCCAAGGGAAAUGCUGGCAUUGAUGGUCCGCAAGGUGCACCUGGGGAAAAGGGACCUCCAGGACCUCAAGGGCUGACGGGUUUCCCAGGGCCCAAAGGACCUCCGGGACCUGCUGGAAAGGACGGGAUCCCAGGACACCCAGGACAACGUGGUGAGCCUGGUUUCCAAGGCAAGAAUGGGCCACCUGGUCCCCCUGGAGUUGUUGGACCUCAGGGUUCCUCUGGCGACAGUGGGCCAGUUGGUGAACGUGGCCAUCCAGGGGCUCCUGGUCCUCCAGGCGAACAAGGCAUUCCAGGUACCGCUGGAAAGGAAGGCACAAAGGGAGACCCAGGCCCAAUCGGUUCUCCCGGAAAACAUGGUCCACCAGGGUUACGGGGAUUUGAAGGAGCCAGGGGCUUACCAGGAGAACUGGGUCCCCCUGGAUUGAAAGGAGGAGAGGGGCCACCCGGUCCUCCUGGGCCAACGGGAUCCACAGGAGAACGUGGACCCAAUGGUCAGGUUGGUGCCAUAGGUCUUCCUGGUCGACCUGGUGGUUCAGGACCCCCGGGCCCUGUUGGAGAGAAAGGAGUCGUGGGUGAGAAAGGCCUUUUGGGGCCUGCAGGUCAGGAUGGAAUCCAGGGUUCCUUGGGUUUGCCAGGUCCCACUGGCCCUUCAGGUCUUCCAGGGGAUGAUGGGGACAAGGGGGAGUUGGGAAGACCGGGACAGAAAGGCAGCAAAGGAGACAAAGGAGAAGCUGGUCCUCCAGGCCCAAUGGGAAUACAAGGCCCAAUUGGACAGCCUGGUCCCAUUGGAUCUGAUGGUGAACCAGGUCCUAGAGGGCACCAAGGCAUGCGUGGACAGAAGGGUGAUGAGGGUAUUCGAGGAUUUCCAGGACCCCCAGGUCCUGCUGGGCUUCAGGGAAUGCCUGGCCUUCCUGGAGAGAAGGGCGAAAGUGGAAAUGUUGGAUUCAUGGGUCCAUCCGGUUCCCCUGGUGCAAGAGGACCUCCUGGGCCCAAUGGUGGCAGUGGUCUUCCCGGCAUCCCAGGAGGUGUAGGUUCCCCGGGGCCAGUGGGUGAAAAGGGUGAGAGGGGUGAAGCUGGAGACCCAGGUCCGCCUGGUGAGCCGGGUAUUCCUGGUAUCAAAGGUGAACUGGGUGAGAAAGGUGAUGCAGGUCCUCCAGGAGCAGCGGGACCUGCAGGGGACAAAGGUCCUCCGGGUGAAGAUGGAACCAAGGGCAACGUAGGUCCUGCUGGUUUCCCUGGUGAUCCAGGUCCUUCAGGUGAACCAGGCGUUCCCGGCGUGGAUGGUACACCUGGAGAAAAGGGCAGCCUCGGAGAUCCUGGUCUCCCGGGCCCAAUUGGGGCAUCAGGUGAACCAGGUCCCCCUGGCCCGCCUGGAAAACGAGGUCCUCAUGGGCCAUCAGGACCAGGGGGUCGAGAAGGCCAGAAGGGUUCAAAGGGUUCCCCUGGGCGACCGGGCCCAGUUGGUAGGACGGGGCCAAGGGGACCUCAAGGCUCACCUGGCAACCCUGGACCUGAAGGUUUGAGAGGGAUUCCUGGGCCAGUUGGAGAGCAAGGUCUUCCUGGGCCGCCUGGCCAGAAUGGACCCCCUGGCCCCAUGGGUCCUCCUGGUAUGCCAGGACUGAAGGGAAAUCAAGGAUUAAAAGGUGACAAGGGACAUGCUGGUGUGAUUGGCCUGAUUGGACCUCCUGGUGAAGUUGGCGAGAAGGGCGAUAGAGGCCUCCCAGGAAACCAAGGAAAACCAGGGAUCAAGGGAGAUACUGGACUUCCAGGGCUCAGUGGGCCCAUAGGUCCUCCGGGAUCUCCUGGAUUGCCAGGCCCACAGGGUGAGAAAGGUUCCAAAGGUUCUGAAGGACCCGUUGGUCUGAGAGGGGAUGAUGGACCUCCUGGUCCUCCUGGUCCACCAGGCCCACCUGCCGAGGUCAUCCAGCCACUGCCGCUGUACAAACGGAAGACCCGGAGGCACUCCGAGGCCGAGCAAGCCGACGACAGCGGGGGGAGGUUCCCCGACUAUGCCUACGGCAUGGAGGAGAUCUUCGGGGCUCUGUCCUCGCUGAAGGACGAGGUGGAGCAGCUGAGACGUCCAGUGGGGACACAGGACAACCCUGGGCGUACCUGCAAGGAGCUACAAAUCUGCUACCCCCACUACAAAGACGGUGAUUAUUGGAUUGACCCAAAUCAGGGGUGUUCAAAAGAUUCCUUCAAGGUCUUCUGUAACUUCACUGCCGGCGGAGAAACCUGCAUCUUCCCUGACAAAAAGACUGAAGGAGUUAAAGUUUCCUCCUGGCAACGUGACAAACCAGGUACUUGGUACAGCAAAUUCAAACGCGGCAAACAGCUUUCAUACACUGACUCCGACGGUAACCCUGUGCACGUGGUUCAGAUGACCUUCCUCCGCCUUCUGAGUGCCACAGCGCGACAGAGGUUCAUCUACAACUGCCAGCAGUCCAUCGCCUGGUAUGACAUGACCACACAGAGCUACCAGAGGGCACUGCGGUUCAUGGGAGCCAAUGGUGAAGAGCUGUCACACACCAAAACACCGUACAUCAAUGCCAUCUAUGAUGGCUGUAAGCUGAGGAAAGGUUCUGACCGAACAGUACUGCAGAUUGACUCUCCGCGAGUUGUUGACCUUCCCAUCAAAGACGUGGCGGUGACCGAUUUCGGCGAGCACCAGCAGAAGUUUGGGUUUGAGGUUGGCCCGGUCUGUUUCAACAGCUAAACCUCAGGAAACAAACUCUGUGUCCAACCUUUCUUUCUCUCCUUUCUUUAUGCAAAAUGCACAUUCUUUUUGUCUUUUAUUGUGUCUCUUAUUAACCAUGCUGCAGAUGGGGUAUUUUUUUUAUUGUGUAUGAGUAACAAUAAAUAAUUGCUGCCCUUGUGGGGCCAAAGUCUUAUGACUUGUUGAAGAGGCCAAGUCAGUGGUUGAUGUAUCUGGGACUUUCCCAAUUUCAUGUCCAACGGCGAUGAGGGUCUUCCUCCAAGUAUCCUCUAGCACCCCAGGAGGCCUUGAACACCAAAUAUUCUCCUGUUACAAAGUGUCCUUCCUCUAGCAAGAUCUGACCAUUGACCUAGUUCUUGAACACGUGGACAUUUAUCUUUGAAAUGUUAAGCAGUGGACAUUGGGCUGUAGAGCCACUCAUAGCUUUACACUGCUGUCUUGGUAAAGGAGAAAGCAGAAUAUCAAAUGAUAUACAUUGUAUAGGGUCUGUCUCCAAUGUUCAGAGUUGCUUGUAUCUUGUUGGGGUACAGCAGCACAAUGGUUAUGGUACUUGACUGGUAUCUCUCGGUCUGGACUAUUAAUACAGAAACAUGGGUUCAAAUCCAUUCAAGACAAUAAAUAAAUCUGGAAGAACCAAAUCUCCUAUCAUUUGCAAAAGCUAUUGUAUUGCUAUAAAGCCCAUCCGGUGUCACUGUCCUUCAGAAACGGAAAUCUGUCUGGCCUGGACCACAUGCAGUUGGCUCUUAUCUACCCCUUGAAGCUGAAGGGACAGAAAGUACCGUUCGUCGACACAUUAAUGAAGAAAAGGCUUAUUCCAUUGAUUGGCCUUGUCUUAAACAAAGCUCCUUGAUGGCUGUGUGAAAACUUGCUCUUCCCAUCCGUUUAAACACUCGAGCCCGUAGAACACCAGCCUGCCUCAUGCCCACAGAUCAGCAGUGUGAAAGGGAGCAUGUGAUGGAACAUCAGUGUGCCAGAUUUGUGGAUGUCAUUGAGCACAUCAGAUGGUGUUGUCAUUGGUCGUGCUGUUUGCAAUAGAGCCCUGGUUCCCGUAUUUCUUCAGGAUGGAAUAGAAUCACAUUGAGUCACACACAAACACACAGACACCUCCUCAGGUCUCUUUGUGCAAGCCCAGUCUGUUUUGUGAAGGUCCCAUUGUACUUUUCCUUUAAGGUAAAUGAAUCAGUAGAGGGUAAUAGCACUGGAGAUGAAGUAGGGUGGAGUGUUUAUUCCCCUCAGUCCAGACACGUUACAUUUGGCUUUUCCCUAUAAUUAAUCCAUUGUUACAUUUUCAGACUGUUGGUCACUCCUUCCAAUUAGACCUACAAGUCCUCCCAACAUAAACAUCUCUGCUCCUGAUAAAAACUCUUCCAUUUCAGAAUUAGCCACCCUUUGUUGGGGUUUGGCAAUGUCCAUUGCUUCCACAAUCCCACAAGAUGCAACCGUUAUUUAGAAUGACACAUUGUGUGAAAUUCACCCUUAGUCACAAGGAUAAACCUCACAAUGUAAAACACCUUGUGUUCUUGUUCUGAAGUUUAGUUUGAUUAAAUUCAGUGGGACAAAGGUUUAGAAGUGACGUUUGACGCACUUUCCAAAUCACACAUCCAACAGAAAUGGUGCGGCAAAAAAGUCUUCCUCCGAGUAUCCUUUAAUACCACUGGAAGCCUUCAACACCAAAUGUUAAAGGAUAAAUUUUGGUAUUCACCCUGAUUGUUGUCCCUGGAUCAGUGUCUAGUUGGCCACCUGUCAGUGACCAUCAGUCUAAUCAUAACAACAGGAGGUAAAGUAAUUCCACAACUAACCUUCACCUGCAAUUUACCUUUAAGGCAAACGCUAUUCUAAAGAACUGUGUAUCCCCUAGGUUAGUCAGUGAAGUAUUAGCACAGUCCAUUGCCGAGUCUCUGAACCCCAAUGAACUUGAUCGCCCCCGGUCCCAUUAGAACUUGACCAUGUCUUUCUCUCAGUCCACUUUCCCCAGUGGGUCUCUGAUGAUGGAAUCAAAAGGAAGGUUAGGAGAUUUUUUUGUGCAAAGUUAUAAUUCCCUGACUGGAAGUGUGGCACCAGCGGUGACUUGAAAAGGGGAGUUGGUUAAGUAUCAGAAUGAGUGAAAAUGACCAGAAACUUUGGGAAAAGGCGGGGAAGCAGGUGACUUGGUUAGCAUGAAUGAGUUGGGCCUGUUUCUGUGCUGUAUAAUUCUAUGACUCUAAUUGUAUAGCAUUUACUUGGGGCUGGCACAGGCAAGAUGGGCCAAUUGGCCUUUUAUUGGGCUCCAUCAUUCUGCAUGAUUGGCGGGAGCAUCAGGAUAAACAGUAGGCAGCUCCUGUGUAACACAAGGUGUCAGUCAACUGCAGUCUGGUUGUACCCACAACACUCAGUGAAAGCAAGGUAUCUGGAGUCUCCGAUGUAAAACAUUUGGAAAAGGGUUGGGGUGACGCAUUGAGGAUUUCAAAUGAAGGAACAAAGUCUUGUUUGCUAAGGUUGAGUGUUUUUGCACGUGCCCGCUUCAUAUUUGGAUAAUCCCGGUCCAUCUCCCAUGAGACCAACCCAGCAUCAAGAUUAACCAUCCCAACUAGGAUCAGAUCUAAUGAAUUGGAAUGACUGGAGCCUAGUGAACAAUAGUGUAAAUGCCACACAUACAGCAGCCCUUUAUACAGUGAGAUCAGAUGAUGAUUUAUAUGCAAAUGGAUAGAGCAGCAUGGUACUUAAGUUACCACAUAAGCAAUUCAGAGACAUGAGUUUGGGUUCCACCAAGACUGCUGAGAGUUUAACUUCAUUGAAUUGAAUUCUGGAAUCAAAAAGGUAUCCGUGAGACAAAUUGUCUAAAAACCUACAAAGCAUUGGAGGAACUCAGUGGGUCAGACUUCAUCUAUGGAGGGAAUAGAUGAAGGGUCUCAACCCAAAAUGUCAACUGUCCAUUUCCCUCCCUGACCUGCUGAGUUCCUCCAGAGCGUUGUGUGUUGCUCCAGAUUUCCAACACCUCCUGUCUCUUUGCCCAAAAGUCUAGUUGCUUCACAAAUGCCCUUAAAGGUAAGGAAAUGCUCCAUCCAUCUCCGGUCUUGUCUCCAGAGUUAGAAGCACAGAAUGUUCCCAACGUCGAAGGGCCCUGGUCUAGUGGGGAAAGAGCAGCCCAACCCAAUGUCCCCAUCCAGCACUGGUUCUGUAGCCCAACUGUACGCAGCUGAGUGGGACGAAGGGUUUCUGCCUCCACCAGGCUCUCAGGCAGUGAGAUCCUGACCCCCAGCACCCGAUGGAUGAAAAAUACUUUCCUGCCCCCCUCCACCCUUCUAAAACCCACUUUAAUCCAAUAUCCUCUGGUUUUUGACUGCUCUGCUGAGAGAAAUGGGCCCUUCCUAUUCACUCUAUCUACCCCUCAUAAUUUUUAGCACCCCUGUUAUCUCCCCUUCAUCACCCUGUUCAAAAGAAAACAAUCCUUAUUUAUCUAGUCUUUCAUCACAGUUGCAAUCUCUCCUUGUAAAUCUCCUUUGUACCAUCUCUAGUGCAAUUGCAUUGUUCCUGUAGUGUGGUGUCCAGGGCUGUUUGCAGUUAUUUAUACAUUCAGGGGAUGCAGAACAAGCAUUUAUUUAAGAACACAAAAAAAUAUGGAGAAAGAGCAGGAUGUUUCAUCCUUCUAUCGCUCAGCUACCAACAAGAUCAUGGCUUCCACCACAAUGCCAUCUUCCUUCCCUUUCCCUGUAACUGCUUGAUUCCCCGAACAUCCAGAAACCAGUCAAUCUCUGUUUUGAACACAACAAAUGACUGAACCUCCACAGCCCCACUGGGUAGAGAAUUCCAAAGGUUCACUGUCUACUGCAGGUAGACAUUUCUCCCAAGGAGACCCCUUUGCCAGCACUGUUGUCAGUCUGACCUGCUGAGUAUUUCCAUUAUCUUUUUGUUUGACUGGCAGCACACACUGACAAUACCAACAGUGCCCACGUCCUGCGACUGAAAAUUACAAACAUUUUGCAAUGGAUUUGGAGCUGAUAUUUGAGGCUGAGGUCAAAGGUCAGGAGUUUGUCUAAAAAGGACUAGACCUACGAGAACUGGAGGGAAUCCCCUUUCCGUGUUAGAGCAAGAGUGGAGCAAGUAUUGUUUUGAUCUCCAAACCUGCAGUAUUGGAUGUGGAGACUCAAUGGCAAGUUUGAAACUCAAAAAAAAACACACAGACUCAUCGGUGUCUACCUGUAAAUAGGUCCACUGUUCAAUCAUUGAAGGUCUUCUUAAAGAGGAAGGCACUUGCAUUCAUUCACUCCUUUGUUCUCAUUAGAGGAAUGAAAAUUUUACAAAUUUAAUACAUAUCGAGGUACUAACUUGGGAAGUCAAUUUGUACAGGAAGGCCAUCUUAGCUUUUUGGAAAAGCAGGUCAGUGUGAACCAAUUGUCUUGAUCUUUUCUCCACUUCCUCUUGGUCUUACUGUGACGUGGUGAUCCUUCUCACAAUAAACCAGAGCAGAUUUUAAAUGGUGCUAAUCACAAUAUACCAAAACUGUAUUAAACUGUGUUGCCUAUUUUUUUGUUGCAAAGAUAAUUUAUGGAGUUGUGUUAUUUUUUAGAUGCUUCUUGAAUUGAAUGUUGGCAUAAUUUAUUUCGGUUUAAGAUGCCUUUGUGUACAUAAAUAAUUUUGUUUUAAAAAUGGAUUAGAUCUAUUAAGCCAAGGGCAGGAGCUAGAAAUUCACAUUAAUAUUUAGGGUCAGUAGCCUCAGGCUAUCAAAAUAUUGGCUGUCUGGAAGCCUUUUUCUUGGUAAGUCUUGAUUACUUUUCUUACACUUCUUCAAAAGCAAACUACCUUGAUGACUCCUUUGGUACUGGGGUACAAUGUUUGCCUGAGAUGCAAUUAAAACUUUUCCCACUGCUGUAAGCUACCCCUGGGCAAGGGAGAGAGGGCAAAUAACCUCAGUUUUCUGCUCUGCAUUCAGGCCUUGCUGACGCUGACCAAUGGAGCCUAGUUACUUGGGCAUGGCCUCUUUUCACCUUGUGGAGAGGUUUAGCAAGAGAAUUGCCAUAGUGCUGGGACUGACAGCUCAUGACAAGACUGUCGUUGGUGGUGUAAAGAGAGUUGGGAAGUGGGGAUGUGUACGAUACCAGACUCAGAGGAACGGGAAUAGAUGGCCGACCAGGGUUUGCCGUAGGACGUGGAAUGUAGAACAGGACAGCACAGGGACAUGCCCUUCACCCCACCACGUCCGCACUGACUAUGAUGCCAAAUUAAAUUAAUCCCAUCUGCCUGCAUGUCGCCAGUAUAACUCCAUUCCCUGCCUGUUGUUCAUGUGUAUGUUUAAAUGCCUUUUAAAUGUUGCUAUCAUAUCUAAUUCUCCCACUUCCCCUGGCAGUACCUACCCACUCUCUAUAUUAGAACAUAGAACAAAGAACACUACAGCAUAGUACAGGCCCUUUGGCCCACAAUGUUGUGCCAACAUUUUAUCCUGCUCUAAGAUCUAUCUAACCGUUCCAUUCCACAUAGCUCUCCAUUUCUCUAUCAUUCAUGUGGCAUUAAAAACGUAUCCUGCAUAUCACCUUGAAGUGUUCCUCAUCUCACCUUAAACCUAUGUACUCCAGCCUUUAAUGUCUCCACCCUGGGGAAAAAAAAUCCUACCUACCCUAUCGAUGCCUCUCAUCAAUGUACUACUUCUAUCAGGUCUCCUCUCAGCCUUUGGCGCUCCAGAGAAAACAAUCCAAGUUUGUCCAACCUGUAAUACAUUCUACUCCAGGCAAUCUCUGGUGAACCUCUUCUGCACCCUCUCCAAAGCCUCCACAUCUUUCCUGUAAGUGUGGUGACCAGAACUUCACACUAUAUUCCAAAUGUAGCCCAACCAAAGGUUUAUCCAGCUGCAACAUGACUUCCCAAUUUUUAUACUCAAUGCCACAACCAAAGAAUACAAAUAGGCUGGCCACCUUCUCUACCACCUUAUCCACUUGUGGUUACUUUCAGGGAGCUAUGGGCUUGCACCCCAGGAUCUCUCUGUACAUCAUAAGAGUCCUGCCAUUUAUUUUCGUACUUUCUUCUUACAUUUGACCUCCCAAAAUGCAACACCUCACGCUUGGCCCGGUUCAUCUCCAUCCACCAUUUCUCCUCCCACGUUUCCAUUUUAAGCAACAUAAAAUGCCUGGUUGUAGCUUUCAACAUUUAAUGAUUAAAGAAUCAAAACGUAUGACUGGUAAUCAUUGGAACUUCCCAUCAUGCCAAUGGACCUUAGCUGCACAGUUGGUUAAUUUACACUAAAAUAAGUGUUGUAGAGGAGAAGGCCAUUCGGCCAAUUGAGUCAACGAAAACUCCUAAUCGACCAAUCCCUUUGGUCCUUUCCCCUCUCUCACUGUGCUGUUAUCAGUCGUUUCCCUGGAAAAGAGUGAGGGAAGGGGAAAUUGGCCGAAGGCUGCCUGACCUCCCAUGCUCGACCUCACCAGAACUCUGGCAGAUGCAGCCCUACUCCAGACGUUUCUCUGUCCUCUGAACUGAACCCAAAACAUCGACUGUCCAUUUCCCUCCACAGAAGCUGCCUGACCCACUGAGUUCCUCCAGUGGCUCAUUUGUUGCUCUAGAUUCCGACACCUGCAGUCUCUUGUGUCUCCACCUGAACCUCUACCAUCAUUGAUCUUUAGCUCCUGAUUCAGAAGUCUCAAAUAUAAAACUUCCAUCCCUUUGUAUCCUUGCCCUUGCUUAUGUCUGUAGCCUCCUCCAGCCCUUCCCUGGCUUUCCAUUCCCCGAAGUCUGGCCUAAUGCAUAUCUCCAUCAUUCUAGCUCCCUUUACCCAACCAUUGAUAACCUUGUCGUGAGCUGUUAGUCCCAGUUGUUCUGCCAUCCUCUCCCUAAACCUCUCUCCUCUCUUCCAAUAUUCUCAUUCACUUUUAACAAGUGGCUUGGUGACAAGGGGAGACUUUUCGAAUUCUGCAUCGCAUGAAUCCAAGCAUUUGUGUCGGUGCGCUUUUAAGAUUGUGGGGCUACUGAUCUUUGAGGUUCCAGAACCCAGAUUAAAGGGAAUUUCUUCUUCUCCCUGAACGCUACUGUAUAUAAAUGGCCACUAUAUUCUACGCCUUUCUGUAACCUGCUGCAUGCUGCGAGAUACAUUCUGUAAUGUGUUUAAUCCACAUGCUUUGGUUAUUUUAUAGGGGAGGAGAAAUGGUAAGCAGGAAUACCUCUGGAUAUUUUUCCAUAUUGUCUAACAUAUAGUUAGCUCACUUAUAGGGUGCUGGCAAUUUUUUUUCUAUCAGUAAGUUCAAAAUAUUCAUAUAUUGUUUCUGCUGAGUUAAAUCUGCCCAGACCCAUACAUUGCAACCUUUUCAAGGGCCAAGUUAAAAAAAAAACAGGUGUGAUAUGCUGUACGUGCACUGGAGCCAGGAAUGCACAGAUUUCACAGGAGGGGGCAGAGUUUUAUUUAAAGCUGAGCACAUCUCUAAAAUUUGAGGUGUGCAACUGAAAUUAAGGGGGUUGUUUGAACCGACCUUGGUUGGAGGGUCAAAGGACAUUUCAAUACCGUGUGUUCGUCCCUCCUUCUGUUGAUUCCCCCGUCCCACCGGAUUGUAACUUCAGCUUUAAGAGACUACACAAGUUGCUGAACUUGGUUGGGAGAACAGAAAGAGCCUCAAUACCGGUGGGCAAAGGAAACUGGGAGCAGUGGGAGGGGAGCAAGAAACAUAACUUGCUCCAUUCUUUGGGAAUAUCAUUGGUUUAAGGUCAAGUCUGGCCUUGGCGAUAAACCCCUUGCAUGGUUGUGUAGCCCUGGGUAUAUAUUGCGUGGCUUGAUGCUUACAAAGUUAUAAUCUGCAGCAUUCCUUCCCCAACUCACCAUGCUCAGGAUUCUGCCUGAAGGAAAGAUUUUAUUGCUCUGGAUUUCCAGUGGAAUCAUCCUUUGCAUGCCACCCCAGUGAUGUCAUGGUGCUAGAUCUCUGUGGUGCUUUCAUGAAUUGGCCCCUUUGUAUUAUGACAUGUGAAAUAUGUACAUUGAAACGUCAAGCACUGAUUGAAUGCAGGUUGUCUUGUUAUAAGGUCUGUAGCAUAUUAAAAAAAAUUGAUAUUCAGGAAGAAUAUGUAAAUUUAGUCACAAAAUUAAAAGAAGAAUUGCAACCAAUUUUGCGUCUUAGAAUGCCGUUUCUUUCACAAGGUGGAAGCGUGGAGGGUUGUUGUUCUUUGGGUGGAGAGAGAGGGAAAUGAAGAUGGAUUGGAACUUGAAGAACUCCACAGGAAGCAAGAACCAAUGAGCUAAUGUAAACUUCAACAUCCCUCUUCCUGUCCUGAUGUGGGCAAGUGGGUUUGGUGUCGACGGGCCAAACUGUCUUACAGACAGCAACAGAGGGCAGGAUUGAACCUGGGUCACUGGGGCAGUGAAACAGCAGCUCCACCUGUUGCACCACUGUGCUGAUUCAAAAGUGA